UUCAGGACUCGGUCAAUUCAAACAGGACUAGACUUCAGUAACAUCACCACUACUAACCCAAUGAAUGUGGUCAUCCCUCAUUGGAGCUACUGUAGCUAGCCUACUUGACUUACAACUCACCAGUGCCCUCCAGAAGCCACGGCACAGACAACAUUUCUUCGCGGUUGAAUUGGAAGUGUUCGACGAACUCGACGAGGGCAUCGUAGUCGCCGGACGCCACGCGAGAUUCCAAUUCGAUGAGUUUGCGAUGAUCUCGUUCGCAUAUGUCCACUUCGGAACGGUUCUCGGGGUGCAAUUGCUUGAGACGCGGAAACCACGAGUGGUCUUCGAUGUUUUGGUGAUGGUGCAGGCUGUUGUCAAGUUGGCGGAACGACGACACGUUCACUUCUCGGCGCAUCUCCCCGUUCUUGACCAGCAUCUCAAAGCCUCGUCGAAACGACACGUGGAUGUCUUCGACCAGGUGUCGACCCAUCCCACCCCAGCGUCAAUCUUGCCUCCAUUCCCGAAGCAGUAGUGCGUGGACGUCCUUCGUCGUGUGCCGUCGCAGCUGAACGUCCUCGAUCGACCUGAGCUCCGCCAGUCGCCCUAUCCAGUCAGAGUCGGUGCCGUAAACCUCCCUGCUGCUGUGAUCACGUGGUUGCGCGGGCGGGUGGCGCAAGUCGUCUUGGUGGCACCCAUCGCAAG